AUGGCGGUGAAUAAAAACCAGGCUGACCUCGCCAGGCGAGUACGCGACAACGUGCUGGUGGCCCUGCUGGAGAAGGAACGCGAGGUGGAAGAAGAACUGGACAACAUAAGACAUAUAGAGACUAAGAUAUCGCAGCUGCGUGAUGAUGAGGCCAUGGAAAGGUUUCGUGAGGCGAGGCUCCGCAAGCUUAAGGAAACAAACGCCAAACGACUCGAGUACAUGAAUAAUGGAUACUGCAGGCUCGUGGAUGUAGACUCGGAUUCACAGUUCUUCGAUGUCUGUAGAAACACACAGUACGUGGUAGCGCACUUCUAUAGGCCAACCACUGUUAGGUCGAAAUACCUCGAUGAAAAGAUGCACGAACUCUGCCAAGUCUACUUCAACACAAAGUUCAUCAGGGUUAACGUAGAGCGAACCCCGUUCCUUUGCGAACGGUUCAACAUAUGGUGCAUCCCAACGCUCAUGAUUAUCAUCGACGGGAAAACAAACCACAGCGUGGUGGGAUUUGAUGAGUUCGGAGGAGACGGUUUCACUUUAGACGACUUUAGCAAGGUUCUCAACAAACAUGGCAUAGUACCGCCAGAUGUAGACAAAAGGGAAUGA